ACAAGCUGGUGAAUUUUUUUGACAGACGUUUCCUGUGCAGUAGCAAGAUAUAGAAUCAAUGCAGAUUUGAUAUCAACCAUACCCUAUUAUUAACCAUGCUAACCUUUGUAACUGUAAAAGAAGUAGGCAGUGAAGAUUCAUAAUUGGCAGUGAAGAAUUACUUAAGAUAAUGUUGUUUUAUAGUUUCCUUGAAUAACAUAAAAUAUUUACAUGCAAGCAACGCCACUAUUUAACCACUUUACAUUGCGCAUGCGCAAAUGGGUUUUGACCACGCCCCUUUUUGCCAUUUACUUUUGGACCACACCCUUUUGCGGCAGUCAAAUUUUUCUUUAGAUCCGCCCCUGAAUUAAAGCAUAUUUUUGUGUUUUUGUGACGUCCUUGCCACAGAAUUGGAAAUGAAUUCGAGGACCACAUGAAACCGAGGUUUAUGAUUGUCGCCAUUUUAAAAUUUUACUUCGGUUUGUUUUUCUGAAGAGUGAGAGAUGAUAACACACAAAAAAUCGUAGCUUUGCUGAAUAAGACGAGGUAUGAGCUGGAGUGAAGAUGACAGAAGUAGCAAACUAACAGUUCUGAGAAUUGUCCAGCUUGAUGCCGCUGUUCUUGAUCAAGAAAUUUUGCAUCUGCUAGAGUCACAACUCAAAGCAGUAUUCAAGUACUUACAGGCAGAAACAUUCAGAUGGCAACCAGAAAUCAAUUUGGUACUAAGAGCAAUUAUUUGGAAGUUCACACUUGGCAAAAACACAGCAACACUAGGACAAAGUCUUUUUGAUGUGCGAUAUGCAGCAAAUGCAGGAGACGGGGGGCUCAGUCAUAUUAAUCUGAAAGCAAGGACAGUGCUUGCAUUGAUUUAUGUGGCAUCACCCUGGCUCCAAGAAAGGCUCUAUGAUAUCCUCUCUUUAAUUGGAGACCAGCAAUCAAUCUCAGAUAAGAUAUCCAUCGCUGGUGGAGCGUCUGCUUGGUUUGCAACACGUAUACAACAAGCCCCAGUCGAUACAAAAGGCAAGCUUCACAUUCAUGAACAGAGAAAUUUUAUGGCAUGGUUAUGCAGAAUUUAUCUUCUUUGUACUCCCACUCAUAAAAAUGUAUGGAUUAAAAAACCUGGUCCGUAGAUUCUUUGGUCACAGCUCAAAUGUGCCAUCUUUGGAAGGCGCUAACCAAACCUCAAGCCUAUCCAAAUAUUGCCCGGUGUGCAAUCAACUCCCAACUCAACCCUAUGUUGCCAACUGUGGACAUCACUUCUGCUACUACUGC